AUGCCUCACAAACACAAGCGCAAGCGCGCCGACGACGAUUCAAAUUUCGACCUGCCGCCCACGUCGCGGGCGCGGACUCUGACCGUCCACCAGAAGCAAGAGUCCAUCUUCACGUCGGACGCGGACAAGAAGCGCAAGCAGGAGGCCAGAAGGCAGCAGAAAAAGAAGCAGAAUGGCCACAACGGGGCGGCCUUUGAGGACGAUACCCCGAAAGCCUUUAGGCGGUUAAUGUCGUUUCAACCGGGCGGGAAGAGGAUGCCCUCGGGCUUGGACGACGGGAAUAUCUCCAAGAAGAAACAGAAGCAGAAGCAGAAGCAGAGGAAAGAGGACAAAUCAAUACCAACCAACAACUCGGCGGCGUCGAAGCCCGACACGCCAGAAGAAAAUGCCACAGCGGCGGCUUCGACGGAGCCGUCCGACCCUGCGCCAACGACCGCGAAAGCGGCGAAAGUCCCCAAGAUCCUCCCUGGCGAGUCCCUCGCCUCGUACUCGCGAAGGGUCGACCAAUCCCUACCCCUGACCUCGCUCCCCAAACACCGGACACGCCUCAGCGCGAUUCCGGGACUGGAGAAGAUCAAGACCCCACUCACGAAACACAACAAGAGACUGGCGCGGAUGCAGAGCGAGUGGCGCGCCACGGACCAGCGGCUGAAGGAGAAGCGGGAGGAAGCGGAGGAAGAGCUGGCGGAGAAGAAAGAGGAGGACGAGGUCCUGUGGCUCGGCGCCGGGAUCGAUCCGUCGACGCAGGUGUCGACGCUGGGUAAAAGCGGGAAGAAGGCCAAGAAGAAGCGCAGUGGCGGCGGUGCGAGGGACGUCGACGACGCGGACCCUUGGAAGAUACUGGAGAAGAAGCGGCGUGAGGAAGGCCAAUUGGGCAGGCAGACGAAUUUGCAGGAUGUGGUGGCCGCUCCUCCGACCUUGAAACCUGUGAAGAACAUCUUCAAGGAGAAACCCGAGAGAAAAGCGGGGAUGAUACCAGUAGUAUGA